AUGGCAUCCCAUCCGCCCGCUGCCUGCUGCGCGAUUGGCGUUAAACAUGAAGGCGAAGCCAAGGGUCUACUCCAACAAAUGGGCGAUGUUGAGGUCUACAUUUCACGCCCCGAGCGUUUUACCAAGCGUGCCAUUCUGUUGCUCACCGAUGUUAUUGGUCAUCGCUCUAUUAAUGCGCAGCUUAUUGCGGAUCAGCUAGCGGCAAAUGGCUACCUGGUUAUCAUGCCAGACCUAUUCCACGGGGACCCGGUGCGUUUGAACCGCCCCGCUAGCUUCGAUCUGAUGAGAUGGCUAAAAGGUCCUCCGGGUCAUCUGCCAAACCGUGUAGAGCCCGUGGUCCAGGCGAUACUAAAGGAAAUGAAGUCUCAUAUGGAUUGCGAGCGGGUCGGUGCUAUCGGAUAUUGCUUCGGGGCAAAAUACGCCGUCCGACUGCUCCGGCCAGGUCUCUGCGAUGUUGCCUAUGUGGCACACCCUAGUUUCGUCGACGCAGGAGAACUACAAGCAAUCCAAGGCCCGCUGUCUAUUGCUGCAGCUGAAACCGACUCAAUCUUCCCGGCCUCGAAACGCCAUGAAUCCGAGAAUAUUCUGGCCAACACUGGCCAGCCGUACCAGAUCAACUUGUUCAGUGGCGUUGAGCAUGGGUUUGCUACCCGCGCUGAUAUCACCAAGCCCACAAUCCGCUUUGCAAAAGAGUCUGCCUUUUUGCAGGCACUCGCAUGGUUUGAGCAGUACCUUUGA